AAUGUGUUAAUAUCCACACGUUAUAAAAGCCGCAUGUUGUACAACAAUUCCAAUAUCAGAGGAGGAAAGUCUGCCAGAGGCACUGCCAGCAUGGGGAAUCUGUGGCUUCCAAUUGUUCUGCUACUAGGGCUGAAGAUUGACGCAGGUCAUUCUUUAAGAUUUCACAGAAGGCGGUCUUCCCGGUAUAGAGACUAUCUGGAAUUGGAUUUUACAGAUUAUAGCGAUAGAGAACUAGACGUCGUAGUUCCCCUACCAACACACAAUAAAGUUACAGAUACACCCAUCAUAGUGGAGACGAAACCGGAUAUUAGAGGACUUUGGGCGUCUGAAAUAAAAGCCAUUGAAAAACAUUCAGCGGCAGCGUACAAUGUGGCAUCAGGAGGAAAAACGUCUCAGUCCAGCACCAAAAACCGGGCGGCAUCACACUAUGCAACAGACGGGCAACUAUCGUCUCAGUGUACGCUAACAGAAGAGGAAUACGAACCACGGUGGACGCUGGAUUUAAGGACAAACCACAGUAUCUUCAGUGUUGCUAUUACCAACAGAAGGGAGUGCUGUUCCUAUAAUCUCAGUGGAGCAGAGAUUCACAUAGGAAACAAUGCAGACUGGAGGCACAACCCCAGCUGUGGAACUGUACCUCAAAUGGGUGUCGGAGAAACGCGUGCCUUUUCCUGCUACGGUAUGCCAGGACAGCUGCUGACUAUUGCUAUCCCAGGCAGGAAUGCGUCCCUGUCCUUGUGUCAAGUUCAAGUGUUUGGUGUUCCUGAGGUUGCAUCAGAACAUAGACCAUGGAAUACAAGUCACCAGCUGCAGAAUUCCCACACUGGAGCUCCCAACAUGGCUCAGCAAGGAAUUGCGUCAGAGUCCAGUAACUAUGAACCUUCUAACUACGCAGCUAAAAAUGCAUCUGAUGGCUCUCUGGGGAACCAUAUGUUUAAGUGCUCACAUACUAAUAACGAUUUAGAACCUUGGUGGACACUGGACCUGAGAUCAGUAAUGAGGAUUUUCUCCAUUGCUGUUACCAACCGAGGUGACUGCUGUGGGGAAAGACUUAAUGGAGCAGAGAUUCGUGUUGGAAACUCUAAAGAGACUUUAAAAAAUAAUCCAAGGUGCGCUGUAAUUUCCAGGAUAGAUGAUGGAAAAACGCUCUCCGUCUCCUGUCACGGGAUGGAAGGACAAUAUGUCUCUGUAAUUAUCCCAGGUCGCAAGGAGUACCUCACCUUGUGUGAAGUUCAAGUCUUUGCUCUGCCAUCCGAUAAGCCAGACGCAGGAAUUGGGACGUCUAUUCACCCCCUGGGGACUGAAGAAUAUAAAGACACACAAAUUACUGAACCAGAAAAGACACAGAAAACUCUAAAUGCAGUUGCGGUGCCAAAAAUCACACAGCUGAAGGCAUCCCAAUCAAGCACAUAUGGCCAAGGGUUUGCAAGGAAUGCUAUUGAUGGGUCAUUAGCUCACCAGGAUCCACCAUCGCCAUGUGCUGUGACUGAUGAGCAAUACCAACCAUGGUGGACAGCGGAAUUAAAGUCCACCUACAAAAUCCACUCCGUCGCACUGACUAACAGGGGUGACUGUUGCCCGUCUGAUCUUGAUGGGGCGGAGAUUCGUGUAGGACACAAUGCCUCUGACUGGGAGCAUUACGCCAUUUGCGGCACAGUCUCCUCCAUCGGACUUGGCGAAACAUUCUCAUUUAAAUGUAAUUGGAUGGAAGGAAAAUUUAUCACCAUUGUGAUUCCAGACAGGAACGUCUCCCUUACUGUAUGUGAAGUACAGGUGUUUGGUGAAAGAGCCGAAACCCCAAGUGGGAGUGCUAGAUGGAAUGGAAGUGCCCAGUUCCAGAAGCAGAACCAUGGAGUUCCCAAUGUAGCUCCGCGUGGCCUCACCGCUCAGUCCAGCUACUAUGAUAAAAGCAAAUCUGCUAAAUUAGCUGCGGAUGGAAAGAUAUUUGCAAACUACUGGUCAGGAAGCUGCACGCACACCCUUAAUGAUUUGGGGCCCUGGUGGCGUGUGGAUCUGGUGUCUAGAAUGCGCGUAUCAUCUGUUGCCAUCACCAACCGCGGAGACUGCUGUGGUUUUCGCUUAAAUGAAGCUGAGAUCCGCAUUGGCAACUCGGAAGAACAGGGCAGCACAUAUAAUCCCAGGUGUGCUAAGAUUAUCAGCAUAGGGAACGGACAGACUGUCUCCUUUGACUGCGAUGGGAUGGAAGGUCGUUUUGUCUCUAUCACUAUUCCUGGCCGCAAAGAGUGGCUGAGUUUAUGUGAAGUUCAAGUGUUCGCUGAAUCAACUGGAGAAGUAAAAAAAGAAAUGUACCAUAAUGUGGCUCUUAAUGGCAUUGCCACCCAAUCUAGCACGUUUUCUUCUUCUGGAAAUGCUGAAAAUUCCAAUGACGGCUCCCUAGCUAACAAUCACAUUAUGUCUCAAUGUUCCAUCACACAACGAGAUGCUUCACCGUGGUGGAAGGUGGACCUACAGUCAACAUACAAAGUCUUCUCCGUAGUUAUCACCAAUCGGGUGUUGGAAUGCUGUCAGGACCGGAUUGUUGGCGCUGAGAUCCGCAUUGGAAGCUCACCAGUAAAUGGGGGGACGUUAAAUCCAAGAUGUGGAGUAAUAUCAUCCAUGAAAUCUGGAGAGUCCCUCUUUUUUUCCUGCAAUGGAAUGGUCGGCCAAUAUGUGACAGUGACAAUUCCAGGAAGAGAAGAACAUCUUAUCAUAUGUGAAGUGCAGGUCUUUGGGGUACCUGAAACAUUCAGUGGACCCAUUAUGGACGGAGAUCGGCAUAUUCUGAAAACACCACACGGAGCUGCAAAUGUGGCAUUGCAAGGGAGCUCAUCUCAGUCCAGUCUCUACAACUUCUUUGGAGAACCCAGGAAUGCCAUUGAUGGUUCUCUGGCCAGUAACUACUCUCAGAUACAGUGCAGCCAAACUGCUCAGGAGAUGGGCCCAUGGUGGACGGUGGACCUGAAAGGUGUCUUCAUAGUUUUUUCCGUAGCCAUCACUAAUAGACAAGACUGUUGCUGGGAACGUAUUAACAACGCAGAGAUAAGGAUAGGAAACUCUCAAGAAUGGAGAAACAACCAAAGGUGCGCUGUCAUCUAUUCCUUGGGUCCGGGAGAGACUGGGUUAUUCAGCUGUAAUGGGAUGGAAGGGAAGUAUGUCACUGUGAUUAUACCAGACCGCCAGGAGAAACUCUCACUCUGCGAAGUACAAGUAUUCGGCAUUCCGUCAUAUCUAAGUGAAAAGCCUAAGGGUGUCAUACAAGGAGAAGGUCUCAGUAGGAAAUCGUUGAUGUUCCUGGAGCAAGGAGUCCUGGAUUAUGCCGUUUUACACCCAAGCAAACCCAUGGACCUAACUGCCUUUACUCUUUGCCUUCAUGUUGCCACUGAGCUCUCGGGCAAACGCGAGGUCAUAUUAUUCUCCUAUUACAAUAACGAGGUGGAUUCACUUAACAUAUGGAGAGAGCUCAAUGGCCAACUGUCCCUGUAUCUCAGCAGCAGUGAACACGGUGUAAAAUUCUCCUUACCGGGACUCAGUGCACUUGGGACACACAUCUGUGUGACCUGGCAGUCUUCUUCAGGCUUGACUGCCUUUUGGGUUAAUGGAAAACAGUCUCUGAGGAAAAUCUACCGGAAGGGCCAUGAGGUUUCUCAAGGGGGUAUGGUGAUCCUGGGGCAGGACCAGGAUGCUUUCGGUGGGAAGUUUGAUUGCAAGCAAAGUUUUGUAGGUGAAGUCUCAGAUGUCCAUCUCUGGGAUUACGUUUUACCAUCCAGCACCAUAGGAGAUGUCUAUAAAAAUAAGGCUACCACUUGGGGCAACGUCAUCAAUUGGCAAUCUAUUAAGUACACCUUAUAUGGAAAUGUCUUGGCUCAGUGAAUGAGGAUAUAGUGGGCACAGGUCACAUAUGGUGCCCUGUGCUUAUCUAUUUUGUCACCAAAGAGACUCAUAUCUGUUCAGUAGAUGCUUCACUAUAAUAACUUCCAAAAGCAGAUGCCACUUGUAUGUAAUGAAAGCAGACAUUUGGUGGACUGUACCACUACUCAGCCCAUCAAUUCACAGAGAAGGGAGUGAUGUCGCUUUAACGUCAUAGGGUGCAUUGUCGCCAUAUUACAUACAGGACGUGCAAGAUAACAAGUAACCCUGUAAAUUGUAUUUGUUGAUUUUAAAUGAUUUUUUCCCUGAAAGUUUAAAUGGAAUCAUGUAAAUCGCUAUAAUGAAAAGAUAUAUUUUUUGGAUAGCUAAUACUCUUUCUUAUAUCUUGUGUGAUAAUCAGAAUGAAACAUGAAUAUUGAUAUUACCAUAAACCUAAAUAA